UCAUACACUACGGGGCAAGGGAACUCAAACUUGUACACUCCAGGACAAAGAAGCUCUUCAUCCUUCACUCCCAGUCAUGGGAGCACCAUGUCAUAUACCCCUGGUAGAGGGAGCACCACAUCAUACACUCCAGGGAGGAGGAGUACCUCAUCAUACACACCAGGGAGGAGAGGUAGUACCUCUAUUACAACCCCUGGGAGUAAGAGGAAGACUCCAUACUCAAGUACAACACCAAUGGAUGUCAACUCAUCAGUUAUUGUUGCUGUUGUAGAAGGCAGAGGACUUGCCAGAGGAGAGAUUGGCAUGGCUAGUAUUAAUUUGAAAAGUCCAGUCCUAACAUUGUCCCAGUUUUCAGACACACCAACUUAUGUCAAAACAAUCACCAAACUACAGAUACUACUUCCUGUUGAGAUAAUUAUGCCUAACACAGCAUGUGAAAGUGGUAAUAUGACUAAACUGUUUACUCUUGUCAAUGACCAGUUUGUCAACACAAGUCUGUCAGCUGUUCAAAGGAAAUACUUUAAUGAAGCAAGAGGAAUGCAGUAUGUUAAACAGUUGUGUGUACCAGAGUUUAGUACAGUGGAAAUGGAGGUCACUUCAAAGUACUAUUGUCUGGCAGCAGCUGCAGCUCUGGUGAAGUAUGUAGAAUUCAUACAGAAUAUUGUAUUUGCACCAAGAUCUAUGAAGAUUGUGUUUAAAGGUAGUGAAAACACCACAAUGAUAGAUGCUACAACUGUCAAAAAUCUUGAGCUGUUACAGAAUGCCAGAGAUCCUAAAAGUGAACAUACACUGUAUGGAGUACUGAAUCAUACAAAGACUGCUGGAGGGAAUAGACUACUGAGAGCCAAUAUACUACAACCACCUUCAGAUUUAGAAACAAUAUGUAUGAGGCAGGAAGUAGUGGCAGAACUGACAUCAAAAGAAGAAUACUUCUACAAUCUUCAGACAAUUGUCGGACGAUUCCUUGACAUAGAUCAUCUCUUGUCACUCUUCGUACAAAUUCCUAAGCAGGACUCCAUGAAGACAGCAGAGAAUAACAUAGCUAACGUCAUAUACCUUAAACAUACCUUAGAACUGAUUGAACCACUCAGAGAAGCUUUGAAAGAUUUUGAAAACCCACUGCUGAAAACUUACUAUAAGUUACUAGAGGAUCCUAGAUAUGACAUCAUUAUGACAAAGAUUAUCAGUGUUAUACAUGAGGAUACAAGAUACCAGAAAGGGACACUCCACAUGAGGACUCAAAAAUGUUUUGCUGUUAAGCCAGAAAUCAAUGGAUUAUUAGAUGUAGCAAGGACAACCUACACAGAAGUUGUAGAUGAUGUCUCUAAUUUGGUAAAACAGUUAGCAGAAGAAUACAGUCUGCCAUUAAAGACAAGUUAUAACACAACUAGAGGAUUUUACAUACAGUUAUACAGUAAAGAUAAAGAGGAUAACUUACCAGGGAUAUUUAUGAAAGUGACCAAACAAAGGACCACUCUCAGUUUUACAUGUGCAGAUCUGAUAAAAUUAAAUGACAGAAUUCGACAGUCACUCCAUGAGAUAUAUCUAAUGACCAACAUAGUUGUAAAAGAGGUUCUAGGUAGUAUCAGAGACCAGAUUGGGUGUCUAUACAAACUGACAGAAGCUGUAUCCCUGCUGGACAUGUUACUAUCAUUUGCCAACAGUUGCACACUGUCCAACUACGUGAGACCAGAAUUCACAGACACUUUGGCUAUCAAACAGGGGCGACAUCCAAUCCUAGAAAAGAUCUGUUGUGACACUCCUGUUCCUAAUAAUACAUAUGCAUCAGAUGACAGUAACUUUAUUGUCAUAACAGGACCUAAUAUGAGUGGUAAAAGUACGUACCUACGACAGAUUGCAAUGCUUCAGAUCAUGGCACAGAUAGGAUCCUACGUGCCUGCAGAGUAUGCUUCAUUUAGAAUAACCAAUCAGAUCUUCUCUAGGAUUGGCAGUGAUGAUGACAUGGAAACUAACUCCUCCACAUUCAUGGUUGAGAUGAGAGAAAUUAAUUACAUAGUACAGAAUUCAACAGACAAAUCUUUAAUUAUAAUUGAUGAACUUGGAAGAGGUACAAGUGCAGAAGAAGGAGUUGGAAUAUGUCAUUCAGUUUGUGAAUUUCUACUGGGAAUAAAGGCUUUCACUUUCUUUGUUACCCAUUUUAUUGAGCUGACCAAUUUAGAUAGUUUGUAUCCAAAUGUUGAAAACUACUGCUUCCAGAUCCAGAGAUCAUUCAACACGGAUUGGAAUUGUGAAAAGAUAAUAUAUACACACAUACUGGCAAAGGGGAAAACAAUGGAGAAACAUUAUGGUCUUCAGUUGGCUGAGAUCUCUACAAUGCCAAAAGCUGUCCUGGACAAGGCAAAAGAAAUAGCAACCAAAAUAUCCACAGAAAAACAGGCAAAUCAAGAAUUAGAAGGAGAGUUACUAGAACAAAGAGCCAUCUUUAAGUUAGCCACCAGGCUCGUUCAGGCUGCCAGGAACUCUAGACUGGAUGAAAAUGGACUAAGACUAUAUUUCAAAUCGCUUAAGAAACAAUAUGAGGAGACUAUAGUCCAUUUAUGAUAGACUUCUAAUUAUUUUAAGCAUUGGAAAAUACAUGUUGAUUAUUAAAGUUGUUUC